GACGUCUAAAGUAAGCGACACUGUCCCAGUGUAAAACACGCGUGUUUUUUUCGCUGGUCCCACUUUCUGUGAGUUCGGGUCCACAUACUCCGUUUGAAAUGGGGGACUCGAGCCGGUUGUGCUCCGUGUGGUUGGGCUCAGAGACCGGCAUCCUGAAGGGGGUUAGUCUGUCCCGGAAACAGGCCUUCAACUUUUGCAACACGAGCCACCUGAGCCGGGACCAGGAGGUCCGGGCUCUGUGCUGGGGGGACCCGGCGGAGAGCGAGCUGUUGGUGGGCUCCGUGGACGGGACCGUGAAAACCUUUAGCACCGAGAAGGGAUCCUUCACUGAGACCCGGCGCUGCGGGGACCCCUCUGAGGGCUGCUUCACCGGGCUGGCUGCGCUGGACGGGUCCAGGAUCAUCACCUGCGUGGAGUCCGGGACAGUGCGGGUGUGGAGGGAGGACAGCAGCGAGCCUGUGACGGAGCUGGACGCUGGAAAGAACGUGUGCAGGAUGCGGCAGAGUUCGGUACACCGGAACAAAGUGGCGACCGGCGGGAAGGAGAACGGGCUGAAGAUCUGGGACCUGGAGGAACCAAAGAAACCAUUAUUCACCGCGAAGAACCUGCGGGACGACUGGCUGGAUUUACGGAGGCCGCAGUGGGUCAGAGACAUGGCCUUCAUCCCGGAUUCUGACAAAGUGGUCACCUGCACAGGUUACCAUCAGGUUAGUUUGAGCUGGUGGACCAAAAAAAGGGGUGGAAAACUGUCUCUGAAACAUUGGACUUGUAAGUCGCAUAGACCAAACUCCAUUUAAAAAGCAACUAUUUUUAGAUGUUUACUCUCAGGUGGUUCAAACUUUAUUUACCGCUUAAGUGUUUCAGAGGCCACUGUAGAGAAACCUUGGAACCCCCUCCCUGGGCUGUAAAUACAGCUCACUCUUGGGUUUUCAAGUGUGGUCGUCUAAAGGAUUAAAGCUCCACUGAGAAGUUUUUGAUAGGUUAUGAAACAGACUGAGGAGAACAAUGAUUGACAAGAGUGACUUAUUCCACACUGUGAUUGCUGAAGCCUCUGACUGCAUUAAGGGGGUGCUAGGUAUUCUGAGGAAACAGCUGCUUUCUCCAACAGCAGCUAUUUACAGAGGGUGUCAAUAACUUUGGUGCUCACUUUGUCCACACAGACAGAAAGUUUCUCACAGGCGCUUUGAAAGUUGUCAGACUUGCUUGUUAGUUGAAUGAGUUUUCAUACAUGUAUUAUCAAAGGCCUGAAAUACUGGUCAGAUGUUGUGUCCAAGUUUGUAGCACAGCCACCCGCUGCUAGCUUUGCAAUAAUGCUGUGAUGCUCUACUGCCCGGGUGUAAACAAGCACGGAUGAAAAUGGAGAUACAGUUGUAUGCCGGCAGCAUAUGGUUUAACUGGCAGUUAACAUUCAAGAAGAGCAGUGAGUAACCAAUACAGGAAUACAAAUGUGCUUGUGGUAUCCACUGUCUGUAAACCAGUUUGGCAUUAUUUACCUGUAGCCUCUGAUGUUUAGCUGCCCUGGCUACAAACUCAGUGUGACAGAGUAAACAUUUUUGUUUUAAUGACUAUAAUAUGAGUGGUUUUGAUUUUCUCCUAGUUUAAAUACAGAUAAUGUCAGCUUUACAAACCAGGACCCCAGCUCCUCACAGGUUUUUUCUGCCCUCAUGUGGUCAGAAGUAUCCAGUAGAUUUAACCUUUUUGUCUCUUCUCUGUCAGGUCCACGUGUUUGAUCCUUCCACCCCUCAGCGGCGUCCAGUCCUGGAGGCUGAGUAUGGCGAGUACCCGCUUACCACUCUGUCUCUGCCAGCCAGUGGGAACACAGUGGUGGUAGGAAACACCCAUGGGCAGAUCGCCAUGCUGGACCUGAGGAAAGGUGUGGUCCGCGGCUGUCUGAAGGGGCUGGCAGGGGGUGUGCGUGGGCUGCACUGUCACCCCUCCCAGCCUGUGGUGGCAUCAUGUGGCCUGGACCGCUUUCUCCGCAUCCACAGCCUGGAGGACCGCAAACUGCAACACAAAGUCUACCUUAAGUCCCGCCUCAACUGUAUCCUGCUCUCCAGCAGAGACCUGGAGGAGGCAGGGGGAGCAAAGGGGGAGGGAGGGACAGAGGAGGUGAAGGAGGAGGAGGACGAGGUGUGGGACACCAUGGAACAGGUGGAGGAGACAUCCAAGAGAAAAAAUACAGAAGAAGGAGAGGAAGAGGAGCAGCAAAAGAAAAAGGGCAAGAAGAAGAGAAAGAAAGAACAGGACUGAGGGGCAUUUGAGGUUUGAGCAGAGAGUGGGACAUUUGAAACUCUUAAAAGAUGAGUGCUUUAUCUUUUCAGGAGUGGAAGUUUGUUGGUCAGAGACUAAACUGUUUCUACAAAUGUGUUUGUAAUAUGAGAGUUUUAUUAAAACAUCUGCCUGACAUUAGAAAA